AUGACAAAGGAGUCACUUACCGGAAGUACCAUGGUUCCGUACAAAUUCUAUAUCGGUAAAAAAGGAUGUUGUUCAAUGAUAUUGUUUACUAUUGUGAUAUUAACAUUUGUAUUGUAUGUGACGUAUUUCCAGCGACCACCAACAGACGAAUUACUGCGCAUGAAUAGUAAAAUUUUUCAAAGUCAAGAAUCUGAUUCUAUAGACUAUUUAUCAAAAAUAAAAAAGUUUAAAUCGUCUAAAAGAAAAUCGGAUAAUAAUUCAGAACUGAAAGAUUCAGAUGGGAUUAAAUCUGUACGAACUGCUGAGGAGAGCAAGGGACAGGAGUCGAGUGAAUCAGGACGAAGUGAUCUUUCCAAACAACAGUCUCGAGGCCGCGACACCUGGCAGACCUUUCUUAAAGCCAAUAAUUAUGUGUCUAUUGGAGAGAUAUACAAUUCGUGUGAAAAGUCUAAGCGGUUGCUGAUUGGUCAUGUUUUGUUAUUACCAGAUCCUAAAUAUGGCGGGGUCAUGGCCAGAACACACAUGAACUUUUCUACAGAAUACAAUGUAACUGGUGGAGAAUUCUAUAUUGAUGUGAAAUAUAAUGAUAAAGAUUUAUACGAUAACCAUUGGGAAUUGUGUGAACUCGCUCAAGAUGACGAAGAUGAAGAAGAUCAAAGACUAGUUGCUUGUCCUUUAGCAAAGGGACCCCACAGCUUUGUUCAAGAUAGGAAUAUCCCGUAUUACCUACCCAAGGGAAAGUAUGAAACAAAUGUUUGGAUCACAGACCAAACAGAGGAAGUGUUUCUAUGUGGACGAUGUGUUUUUGUUUUAUAG